AUGUCUGACGGAAAAUUAGAAAAACCCGAGAUAGAUUUUACAAAAAUUGUUGAUGAACAGUUACCAGAGACCGAAGAACUUGCUAAACGUGGAGGUUUAGAUCAAGCAUUAGAACAGUUAUUGACACUUGAAAAGCAAACUCGUCAGGCUAUUACGAAAAUGGUGCAAGAAGUUAUGACAUACAUUGAUAGUACUCCGGAUUUGAAAACAAAGUUAGAUUUAAUUGAUACUUUACGUAUUAUUUAUGUUGAAGUUGAGCGUGCUCGAUUGACCAGAUUCCUAUCCAAAAUUAAAGAAGAUGAAGGAAAUGUUAACGAAGCUGCUGAUAUUUUACAAGAAUUACAAGUGGAAACAUUUGGUUCAAUGGAAAAGAGAGAGAAGACAGAUUUCAUUUUGGAACAAAUGAGAUUAACUCUCGCCAAGAAAGAUUACACUCGAAUGCAAAUCAUUAAACAAUAUUUAAAUGUAUGCAAAUAUUAUCUUCAAGUUUAUGAUACACCUUCAAUUAAAGAAGAUGAACAAAAGUGGAGAGAAGUUUUAGAAAAUAUUAUCUAUUUCAUUGUUCUCUCACCUUACGAUAAUGAGCAACACGAUCUGCUACAUAGAAUUUUUCAAGAUCCUAAUCUUCCUAAACUUAAUUUACACUAUGAACUUUCUAAACAUUUUACAACUCCAGAACUGAUGCGAUGGCCUCGUAUUCAAGAAUUAUAUGGAAUCGCAUUAAGGCAAACUCCCGUAUUUUACGCAAAUGAUGAAUCUGGUGAGAAACGUUGGCAAGAAUUACAUAAACGAGUGAUUGAGCACAACAUUCGUGUAGUCGCCAAAUAUUAUACACGCAUUAGAAAUAAGAGGUUGACACAAUUAUUAGACCUCAACGAAGAGGAAACCGAAGAAUUUCUUUCAAAACUUGUCGUCUCCAAAACUAUUUAUGCCAAAAUCGAUCGGCCCGCUGGAAUUGUUUGUUUUUCUGCUCCUCGAGAUGCUAAUCAAGUAUUAAAUGAUUGGUCAAAUAAUAUUAAUUCAUUAUUAGGACUAAUAGAAAAAACCUGUCAUUUGAUUACAAAAGAAGAAAUGUUACAUAGUAUUGCUAGAGUAAAAUGA